AUGUAUAAUAUAUUCUUUUUUAGAAACUAUAAACUCAUCCACAAAAAUCUGCUUAGAUGGGCUAAAGAACAUAGACAAUGGACACCUCAACAAUGGUGUGCAAUACAAUGGAGUGAUGAGGCCCGAUUCGAAGUUUGUGUUGAAUUGCUUUUACCAGUGAUGGAAGAAUGUUUGACAUCCGGCCAAGAUUUUGUGUUUCAGCAAGGUGGUGCAGCGUGCCAUACCUCAAAAAAGGCUAUAAAAUGGAUGGAAGAAAAUAAUGUACCACUUUUGAAAUGGGUUUCUAGCAGUUCAGAUCUGUCACCUAUUGAAACUUUGUGGCACGAGAUAAACAAGAAUUUCAGCCGUAAUAAAAAAUAA